AUGGAAGGUGUUAAUCUACUGGUAAACAAAAGGAGACAGUCUGGUCAACAAAUGCAAAGCAAUCAAGAUCAGUUUGAUCAAGGUAGUAGUGGUUACAACCAUGAUGAUGGAUAUUGUGAGCAAAGUGAAGAGUACAAACUUAGCUCUGUUCUAUCGCCACUCGCCACUGCCGCUGUUGAUUAUCGCCGUUUCCGGAAAGCUCUUGGCAGUUCAAAUGAUGUGACCGUGGAGAAGUUGUCUGACAAAUUAGAUGAUUGGGGAAUCAAUUCCAUGAAUGGUCAACACCUUCGCAUGAGAUGCAUGUAUCAUAUUGUAAAUCUUAUUGUGAAAUAUGGUUUAAAAGAGUCAGGUAUUUCUAUUGCUCGUGUUAGAUGUGCAGUCAGAUACAUUAGACAGUCUCCUGCUAGGUUGAGGAAGUUUCAGGAAUAUUUUAAAAGUGAAAAUAUUGUCAAGAAGUCUUUAUGCUUAGAUGUUCCUACAAGGUGGAAUUUCACCCACUUGAUGUUGAGCAGGGCUAUUGAAUAUGAGAGUGCAAUUAAAGAAUAUUCUGAUCAUGAUACCGGCUUGUCAUGUUAUCUUAUGUUUGAUGCUAUUUCAGUUGGAAAGCCUAUAGGUUUGCUUACAAGAACUGAUUGGGAUGAUGUAAAGAGAAUUGCACAAUUUCUUGAAAUAUUUUAUAAUCUCACUUUGAAGGUGUCCGGAUCACUUUAUGUAACAUCGAAUUCCCAUUUUCUUGAAAUUGGUCAAGUUGCUAUUUGCUUAAAUCGCUUAAUAACAACUGAAGAUGUACUUUUGAGUGAGAUGGCAUCAUGUAUGUGGAAAAAAAUUGAGAAGUAUUGGGGUGAACCAACAAAAAUGAACAAAAUGAUUUUCAUUGCUUGUGUUUUGGUUCCUCGCUACAAGUUUACUACUGUUAGUUUUGUACUUAAGAAGAUGUUUGGAGACGAAGGGACAAUUAUUGAAAAAGAGGUUCAUACUUAUAUGAGUUCAUUGUUUAAUGAGUAUGUCUCUAAAUUGGUUUCAAAAGAUACUGGUGGUAAAGUUUCUACCUCUUUGCCAAGCUCUUCAUUCAGCACAAUGGAAACUUCAACUCCUGGUUUAGGCGAACUUUUAGAUGAAAUAAGGAAACAUAAAUCUGCAAGUGGAGGUGUAGAUUCUAAAACAGAAUUGGAAAAUUAUCUUGCAGAAGAUCCUGAAAAUGAAAGACCGGACUUUGAUUUCUUGGCUUCAUGGAAGGUGAACUCACCUAGAUUUCCUAUUCUUGCUAAUAUGGCUCGAGAUGUGCUUUCUAUUCCUAUUUCAAGUGUGGCAUCUGAAAGUGCAUUUAGUACCGGAGGGCGUAUUCUUGACCAAUUUAGGAGUUCAUUAACUCUUAAAUUGGUUGAAACUCUAGUGUGCCUUCAAGAUUGGCUUCGGAGUGAAUCGCUUCUUGUAAAUGGUGAGGAAGAUUUAGAUUUUCUCGAGACACUCGAGGAAGAGGUGAUAGUUUAUGACACGAGUGCCAUUAUCAAUGUGGAGGAUCCUUUGGAAGCGGUAUUGUUGAACCAUGAUGUGACCGAGGAUGAAGGCUUGGUAGAUGCUACCCUUGAGGUGCUUCAAAGAAGGAAAAAGGGCAAUUGGAUGGACUCUGGUUGA